AUGGCAAAGCAAAGAGAGUGCGCGUACAGAAGAGAAAUAGCAAAGCCAAAAGAGGCGAUUACAAUAGAAGAAAGAAAGCGGAGGGAAGAACUGAGAAAGAGCAGGCAUGCAGACACGUGGAGUAAAAGAGAAGAAAUUCGCGACAAAAGGAAGGCGCUCAGAGAGAGAAUCCAGAAGAAAGAGGAGGAAAACGAGAAAGUGCUUGCUGCCAGCAGAAGAGCAAGACUUGCCGUCCGCAGAAAGAAGAAGAUGCAGAGAGAGGCGUACCCGGACAGCAACAAAUAG